AUGUUGCAAUUUCUCAACGUCGCUUCUGCUCUUCUCGCCACGUCGAUUGUCGUCGGAUUCGAUAAUGCGCCAACAAUGGAUCCAGCGAUUCCAACUGUCGCGCCUCAUGAAAGCAACUCGUCGGCGGACUCUUGCGUCGGACAAUGCGCGUUCACCUUCAUGGACGACAUCCGAACUCAAAUCGGGCAAGAUCGCGCAACAUCGCUCAUCCAGCUCAACUACAAUGAUUUCCUCAACUCCUUCUCAAACACCACUUUCUUCGAGAAGUUUUGCACAAUCUACCACAAAUUCCAGCACUGCUCAUCGAAAUGCACACCAGGAUUCCUUCAUCAGCUUCUUAUGCGCAGCGCUGAGAUCAUCGAUCAUUAUUGCGUCUACAAUUUCGACGCGAUUCGCCGCAAGUUCCCAUGCCUUUCUCAAAUGAAGCCCAACAAGGAAUGCGUGAAAACGUGCACACCUCACCACGACGCCGUCACCUCAAUGGUCGACAAUUUCCGAAAUUUGGCACUCAGCGGCGACACCACAAAAGCCGAAGAGUAUUUGUCGAAGGGUUGCGAGUACAUCACUUGCACACUCCACUGCGAUGUUCCUGCAAUUGCGACAACUUGCGAUCACGAGACCGCUCAGCUCGUUAUCGACUUGACUCGUCGAUCAUUCGGAAGUAUGGAAAAGAUGGCUCUCGACACGAAUGCGGUCACCAAGUGGCCACAAGUGUGCGCCGACAUCAAGACCUAUCGUAUGCCACAGCCGGUCCAGCCACCAAAAUCGAACGCGGUCGUCGCUGAAAGCGCUUCGGACCUCAUCAACAUCCAUCCAAAAAUGAUUCAAGCCCCAUUGAUCAAGGCUACCGCGAUUCCAUCGCUCUUCAUCGCCAUCGUGCUUCCGUUGAUUUUCUAA